GGCUCACCCCCCCGGCCCCCCUUUGCCUUCUGCGUCCAAAGUCGGGACUCCCUCCCACCACCUGUAGAGAACCGGGAGUGGAUCUGAAACCCAGCCCAGGUACCCGGGGCCCUUAGACAGAGCCCGACUUCGGAGCCGGUGUUCUGCGGCCCCUGCUGGGGUUUCUCCAGAUGUCAUGGAGCUGGAGCUGUCACCCCCACAUCUCAGCAGCUCCCCAGAAGACCUGUGCCUGUCCCCUGGCACUCCUCCCGGGACCCCCCCACUUCCCGCUGCCCCUCUGCCCGGGGAGGUGAGGCGGUCCCAGCCUCUACCCAUUCCGACCAGGAGACUUCGAGAGGAGGAGCUUCGAGCCACAUCUCUACCCUCCAUCCCCAACCCCUUCCCGGAGCUCUGCAGUCCCCCUUCACAGACCCCCAUUCUCGGGGGUUCCUCCGGCACGAGGGGGCUUCUCCCCAGAGACACCGGCCGCCAUGUGGUGAAGGUGUACAGUGAAGAUGGUGCCAGCCGGUCGGUGGAGGUGGCAGCGGGCGCCACGGCUCGCUACGUGUGUGAGAUGCUGGUGCAGCGCGCCCACGCCCUCAGCGACGAGAACUGGGGGCUGGUGGAAUGCCACCCCUACCUAGCCCUGGAGCGGGGGCUGGAGGACCACGAGUCCGUGGCAGAAGUGCAGGCUGCCUGGCCCAUCGGCGGAGACAGCCGCUUCGUCUUCCGGAAGAACUUCGCCAAGUACGAACUGUUCAAGAGCAACGCACACUCCCUGUUCCCGGAGAAGAUGGUCUCCAGCUGUCUCGAUGCACACACAGACAUGUCCCACGAGGACCUCAUCCAGAACUUCCUGAAUGCAGGCAGCUUCCCGGAGAUCCAAGGCUUCCUGCAGCUGCGGGGGUCGGGACGCAAACUUUGGAAACGCUUCUUCUGCUUCCUGCGCCGGUCAGGCCUCUAUUACUCCACCAAGGGCACCUCCAAGGACCCAAGACACCUGCAGUACCUCGCCGAUGUGAACGAGUCCAACGUGUACGUGGUGACGCAGGGCCGCAAGCUCUACGGGCUGCCCACUGACUUCGGCUUCUGCAUCAAGCCCAACAAGCUCCGAAAUGGCGUCAAGGGGCUUCACGUCUUCUGCAGCGAGGACGAGGCGAGCCGCACCUGCUGGCUGGCGGCCUUCCGCCUCUUCAAGUACGGGGUCCAGCUGUAUAAGAACUAUCAGCAGGCCCAGUCCCGACACCUGCGUCCGUCCUCCGUGGGUUCCCCACCCUUGAGAAGUGUCUCCGAUAACACCCUGGUGGCCAUGGACUUCUCUGGGCGCGCCGGGCGUGUCAUCGAGAACCCCAGGGAAGCACUGAGCGCGGCUGUGGAGGAGGCGCAGGCCUGGAGGAAAAAGACCAACCACCGCCUCAGCCUCCCCACCCCGUGUUCCGGCAGCAGCCUCAGUGCAGCCAUCCACCGAACCCAGCCCUGGUUCCACGGGCGCAUCUCUCGGGAGGAGAGCCAGCGGCUCAUCGGGCAGCAGGGCCUGGUGGACGGCCUGUUCCUGGUGCGCGAGAGCCAGCGGAACCCCCAGGGCUUUGUCCUCUCUCUGUGUCACCUGCAGAAAGUCAAACAUUAUCUUAUCCUGCCGAGUGAGGAGGAGGGCCGCCUGUCCUUCAGCAUGGACGAAGGCCAGACCCGCUUCACCGACCUGCUGCAGCUCGUGGAGUUCCACCAGCUGAACCGCGGCAUCCUGCCCUGCGUGCUGCGCCACUGCUGUACCCGCGUGGCGCUCUGACGCUGGCCGCUGCCCCGGCCGCCUCCUCCACGCAGGCUCCCGGGCAGUGCUCCGGGGCAGGGCAUUAGGGGACACGCGGGGGCACUCCAGGGGUCUGACGC